UGACGUACAACACAUUCAUGUCCGGAAGAUUAUUUAUGUAAAAAUGGCACCAAGAGCACUGACAGUUUGUUGUGAUAUUGUAAGAUGGUUUCCUGUUGUUUUUAUUUCAGCCAUAAUAGCUUGGUCUUACUACGCAUAUGUUGUCCAAAUGUGUAUUUUCACUGUGCCUAAUAUAGCAGAGAAAGUUAUAUAUCUGUUGAUAUACCACCCUAUACUUGUUUUGUUUUUGUGGUCAUAUGGAAAAACUAUAUUUACUCCAGUAGGAUCAGUUCCUAACCAGUUCUACCUAUCUAAAUCAGAUGCUGAAAGAAUGGCCAGGGAGUCAGAGGAGGGCCAGAAAGCUAUUUUAAUUAAUGCUGCCAAAGAGUUACCUGUCCUGAAUAGAACACAUUCAGGCAGUCCAAGGUACUGUGAAAAGUGUCGCUGUAUAAAGCCAGACAGGUGUCAUCACUGUUCUGUAUGUGGCCAAUGUGUGUUAAAGAUGGACCAUCACUGUCCAUGGGUCAAUAAUUGUGUAGGCUUCUCUAACUACAAGUAUUUUGUAUUAUUUCUGGGAUAUGGAUUACUGUAUUGCCUCUACAUUGCUGCAACUAGUUUACAGUAUUUCAUAUUAUUCUGGAAGAGUGGAGUUUCCAAAGAAAUGGGUCAUUUCCAUAUAUUAUUUUUGUUCUUUGUGGCUGUGAUGUUUGGUAUAAGUCUCAUAUCCUUGUUUGGCUACCACUGUUAUUUAACAGCCAGCAAUAGAUCUACUCUAGAAUCCUUUAGAGCUCCCAUAUUUCAGAGUGGACCAGAUAAAAAUGGAUUCAGUCUGGGAAAUUAUAACAACUUCACAGAAAUUUUUGGUGUAGAUAAAAAAUCAUGGUUUUUACCAAUAUUUACAAGUGGUUCUGAUGGGGUGUCCUUUCCCACACGAAACAAUCUUCAGGCUAACAGUAACAAUUCAUACCAAACUAUGGGGGAAACACCCACGCCCAGUGCUGGUGAUGGUGUGUCAUAUCCUACUCGUACAAUAGAUCUAGACUCUGAUGGUCUUCUGGCAGACCGACAACGGUGGAUGGAGGAGGGGGAAUCAGAUGGGGGAGGUACUAUGUUUUCUGGGUCAAGUCAGCAACAUUUGAUCAAUGUUCAGGAAUGACCAUAAACAUGGACUGGAGAACAUAUGGUUCACAUGAAAAUGGUGGAUAUAACAUGGCUUAACCAGAGCCAUAUAUGAACAAGCAUAAUCAAUAACUCUCUACCAUCACUAGAGAGGGUUUGAUGGACCAUUCCUAUAUGUCUCUUAUAAGAAAGAGGAUAAUCACUUUUAUUAUCUAGCUGUCUGCUGCAAUAAGCAUUUUGUAUCAUUUGAUACAAAAUUCCAGAAACUAUACAUUUUCACUCAUUUGGGGGAAAAUUAAUUUCCCCACCCUUCAUAAUGUGUAAAAAUAACAAUUAAGACCUUACUGUAUGUUAUCUGUUACAAUCACUUAAAAGAUUUCAUAACUGCCGCUGUCUACUUACAUUAGUACCAAAUGAGAAGUUUCUCAGAAUUUUUUUUUCCAAGAUGAAAAGAAAUUUCUAAGAUUUUUUUUUUUGCUUUUAGAAGAGACAAUAGUUAUACAGUAAAUGAGGAAUUUACUUAUUGACGUUAUCUAUGGUUGAAUUAAACAUUGUGUUUUAUCAAUAAAUUUUCUUUAAUAAGAAAUUUUAUACUGACACACAGUCUCUUAUGUAUUUCUAUACCUUACAUGUAUAUUUAUAUCUUUGAAAAAUUAUCAACAAUAAGUUGUCCUGAAUAUUGAUGAACUUAAAGAUAAUUCAGAUUGAGUUAAAAUCUUUUUUACAAGACACUGUCAUCAAAGAAUAAAUGUCUUUGUGUAUGAAUAUAUGUGUGUGAAGAAUGACUCAUACACAUACAUAUACAUACUAUGUGUACAUUUGUACUCAGGUUUUUGUUAUUCUGUGUGUUUACAUUGUAUUGAUGUGUAGAUUUCCUUGAUGAACUGCUGUGGUUAAAUUAGAAUUUUAAAUGUCUUAAUUUUUGUAAUGAAAUUUUUCUUGAAGUUAGAUUCACAAAGACCUGUUGUUCAGUAUAUUAUUUCUCCACAUUUUCUCUGUGUAAGAUCACUUUAAUGUUGGUAUCCCCAAUUUUUUUUUCAUUUCAGUACUGUAAUUAUGGAAAUAUGAAAUAAAUUUAACUUUUUUUACGUUUUCUAGAUUGUUGACAAUUUGUAAAAUAAUGUCACUUAAAUUUUCAAAAUACAUGUAGUGCUAAUGAGAAUGAAUUAAUAAAACCUGCGACUUUUUUUCUUUAAAAUGUAUUCAAAAUGCUUUUAAUUCAGUUCACAACAAUAAGCAUUUACAUGAUUGUGUUUCCUGUAGAAGAAACAGCUUUUAAAUGUGUUACAUGUAGAUAUAGUUAUUCACAAUAUUUCACGACAUGAACUGUCCCUUUUAAUGAAACAGGGUUUACAGCACUAAAAUUGAUGCUUUAAUGACAUUUUCUGAUAGAAUGUUAAAUUGAGAAUACAAUGUAUUUGUUAUAACAAUAAAUGUUAAAAAUCUC